UGAUUAGACGACAGCCUUAUCUCAAACUGUGCAAUCGAGCUUUCUGUACGUGUCGAGAGGCAUCAAAUCAACGCCAACAUCUGAACCGAAUCGUUCUAGAAAAAGAAUAGUCAUGUUUUACGUACUGUUUUUCAGCGUCAUCGUCGCAUUCGCCUCAGGAGCCCCAAGUGGCGGAACAGGACGACUGAUUGGAGGUACUCAAGCAGUUGCUGGUGAUUUCCCGUUCGUCGUUUCCAUUUCUCGGCAAGAUCAGCACAUUUGCGGUGGAUUUAUUUACAAUGAUCGAUGGGUCGUCACGACAGCCAAAUGCGUCGAUGGAAAACCAAUAGAAGAACUGAAAGUAACUGUUGGUUCGCUAUCGCUUAUCACACCUGACCCGGAAGAGCAAAUCAUUACCAUUUUGAACAUCGUUAAGUUCGAUCAGUAUGAAGCGACGACUCAGAAACACGAUAUCGCUCUUAUCGAGCUUUCCCGGCCGAUUGUAUUCGGUUCAACUGCUCAACCGAUCCGUUACGAUGAAAUCGACGAACUGGCCCAGCCAUGGGAAGCGAAAAUCGUUGGAUGGGGCGCAACUUUUGAAGGGGGAGCUCCAGCCACACGAUUGCGCUGGGCUCCAAUUGAUAAUCUGGCUGCUGAUUGUCGUGCUUACGGCAUUGACGAGUACAUUCAGAAUUUCAUGAUUUGUGCCGGCUCUGAUUCAGGAACUGUUUCUCCAUGCCAAUAUGACGAGGGUACACCUCUAACGCAAAUCGCUAAUUACGGAGGAGUCCCGGAAGAAAUCGUUGUCGGCAUCAUGUCGAAGAAUCAAGGCUGUGCUGACCUGAGUAUUCCAUCCAUUUACACGCGUUUGGCUACUUACUAUUCGUGGCUGCUGCAGACGGCAGGCCAGCAACCAGCUCCAACUCGCUCCCUUCGCCAAUUCUAAAUAGAAAUACGUACUUCUUCUCUCCACCGUAGUUUCAGCCUUAAAAUUUGUUGACUAUUGAAUUGGCAAUUUGUCUUCCGUACGCAAAAAGUAUGAGUUUACACCAUCUGUCAUUUAAAAUACAGCAAUACUAUCUAUAGCCCUUCAUGGGACUGAACGAGAAAA